CUUCAGGGACGAUGCAGCCACUCCUGCUCCUGAUGGCCUUUCUUCUGCCCCCUGGGCUGGGACGGCCUUUUCUGUCAGAGGAGAUCAUCGGGGGCCACGAGGCCAAGCCUCACUCCCGCCCCUACAUGGCGUUUGUUCAGUUUCUGGAUAAGGGGAGCUGGAAGAGAUGUGGCGGUGUCCUCGUGCAAAAGGACUUUGUUCUGACGGCUGCUCACUGCAGAGGAAGCUCAAUCAAUGUCACCCUGGGAGCCCACAACAUCAAGACGCAGGAGACCACCCAGCAGGUGAUCCCAGUGAGACGAGCCAUCCCCCACCCAGACUAUAAUCCUAAGAACUACUCCAAUGACAUCAUGUUACUGCAGCUGGAGAGAAAAGCCAAACGGACUGCAGCUGUGAGGCCCCUGAGUCUACCCAGGGGCAAGUCCCGGGUGAAGCCAGGACAGGUGUGCAGUGUGGCCGGCUGGGGGCAGGUGGCGAUGGGCACUCAAACCACCACCCUGCAGGAGGCAGAGCUGACAGUGCAGGAGGAUCUGGAGUGCGAAUCCCGCUUCACUGGCUAUUACAACCGGACCACCCAGAUUUGUGUGGGGGACCCGAGGAAAGUGAAGACUGUCUACAAGGGUGACUCCGGCGGGCCCCUCGUGUGCAAAAACCUGGUCCAGGGUACUUUCUCCUAUGGAAAGAAGAAGGGGACACCUCCAGGAGUCUUCACCAGGGUCUCACACUUCCUGCCCUGGAUAAAGACAUCAAUGAAGCGCCUCUAACAGCAGCUUGAGGCUGACCUUUUCUGCACUGGCCAACAUUCCGGGGCAACGGGAGGAAUCCCACAGGGCUUGGCAGUGGCAUCACAGGGCCACAAUAAACGGAUCUCU